UGUCUGUCUACCACACUCUCCCCCAUCCAACUGUCCACUCUGCCCUCUUCUGCCUUCCCUUUGGGAAUAGACGGUGGCUGUUUUUGACAGAAACCGAAGGACUGCAGCAGCCAUGUUGUUGGCAGAAGCUGGAUAUGUGUUUAUGGGUUUUAUCCUGCACCUCUCAGGAGUUCAUGGACGAUCAAACAGCAUCUGUGCCUUAAAAGGUUCAUCAGUGGAUCUGCCCUGCUCAGCUCAACGUCCCACUACAAGCAUGAAGUGGUACACUGUACACCAGAAUGGAUCUAAAACUGUUCAGAAGGAGCUCUCUGCAGAUGAAAAUCGGGUGACGUACAACAUGUUUGCAGAGAGUAACUUCACUCUAACAAUCAAAGAUCUGAGAGAGAGCGAUGCAAAUGUUUACUGCUGCGGAGAGACUACUGACGACCCAGAACUCUGCUGGCACAACAGAACUGAGCUCCAUGUUUCAGACCUGCAGGUAAAGGUGAUUCCUGCCACAGAGGGACAGACAGUGACACUGAUGUGUAGCACCAGCUGUCCUCUGACUGAAAACCCUGCAGUCUACGUCUGGUACAAGAACAGAGAGUUCCUCUAUCAGGACUGGUCUCCAUGGUACCAACAGCUGGUCAGCAGUGAGAAAGCAGUCAGGUACUCCUGUGCUAUCAAAGGCUACGAGGAUCUCAGAGCCCCUCAAGUCUCAGUGGAUUCUGUCACAUCGACCUGCUUCGGUGUGACCUAUGCUAAAGGGAGAAUGUGUUCUUUAAAGACGACAUCAGUGGAUGAGCCGUGCUCCAUCACAUAUCCCAGAGAAGUAAAAUUUCAAAUGACUAAAUUGAAGAACAAUGUCAUACUGACCUGUAACACCAGCUGCCCGAUGGCUGACCGUCAAACUGCCUAUCGUUGGUUCUGGAACAGACAGUUAUACGGCCACUGUGAGAGUCAAGACAUGACAGUUAUCAGCCCUUCUUUUGAAACCAUCUCCUGUGCUGUGAAAGGCCAUGAGGAUCUGCGCUCUGAGGAAAACUGUCUUGAUAAUGGGAAGUGCGAGAAAGUGAAUUAUGUCUGAAGGAGGAUUUGUGCUCUGGAAGGUUCUUCAGUGAACAUUUCAAGUGAAUACUCACGCCACAGCUGGGCUGUCGUAAAUCAUUUCUGGAGUAAAGUAAAGCAAGGUGAAGAGCAGGAGGCUGUAAAUUUGACCGAGUAUGCAGGUCGCGUGGAGAUUCAUGACAACAUGAAAAACUACACCAUCUUGAAAAUAAAGGAUCUGAAGAUGAAUGACUCAGCAGAAUACAAAUUAACACUCCAGAGAGAUGACAAGGAAUUAAAACAGUCUGCUUCACCUGGAGUCACUUUAGUUGUCACAGGCCUGAAAGUGACAAUGACUUCCUCUGCAGCGGUGACAGAGGGCCAGAGAGUCACACUGAGCUGCAUUACCAGCUGUCCUCUGACUGACAACACAAAGUACAUUUGGUACUUGAACAGUCGACCUUUGACCCUGACAGAGAAGCAAAACAAACACCUGGUUCUGGACCCAGUCAGAAGUAAGCAUGCAGGGAAUUACUCCUGUGCUGUCGAAACCCCCCACAACGUCAGCUCAUCUGAAGAGAAUCUCACUCUCAAACCUCGGAUAGCAGUAGCGAUAGUGAAUGGCGUAAAACUGACUUUUAUGUUACUGUUCCCACCUGCUGUAUUUCUCCUCUACCUGAAGAUGAGGAAGAAGAGAACUCUGACGACCGCUGCAAGGCAAAGUGACAAAGUACAAACUGGACAAGUGAGUAGUACAAAACUUGAGACCUAGAUCUGACCUGUGUGUG